AUGUUUGUAAGCAGCUCGACAAUUGAUCUGGUACUGGCUUCGGAGGAAUUGGCGGGCUCGACCAUCUCCAGCAAGACCCCGGCCUCGAACCACGGAUCGGAACACGAAGCCAUCGACACGGUCUUCGACACAUCAGUUCCGGAGCGAAAGAUGCCCGAGCGGCUGCUACUCAAGGAUGCGCCAUGGAACGAGAUCAAGAAACAAGUAGCCGCGGCCCUGGAGACGGACCCGAUCGGGGGCACCAUCCACACCAGACGGAUAGGCUCAUGGCGGUCGGCGUUGAUUUACCGAAGAACACGACGCCACUGGUCCUCCGGCAUGCUGGGGUCUUGA